GUUUCUGUGAAGACGGGUAAUUAUUUCUUCCUUUAUUUUGCUGUGCAAGUUACCAAGAGAAGCAGCUUAAAACUAAAUGUGAGUAUUGAGGGCCCCAGCAGGAUGACCAGCAGUCACACAGACUGUCAUUUUUGCCUGCAGUCUCUCCGUGGCAGGAAAUAUGCACUAAGAGAAGAAAAUGCUUACUGUGUUCCGUGUUAUGACAGCCUGUAUGCCAACCCCUGUGAAGAGUGCAAGCAACCCAUUGAGUGCAACUCCAAGGAUCUGGCCUACAAAGGCCGCCACUGGCAUGAGGGAUGCUUCAGGUGUGCCAAGUGCAGUCGCUCACUUGUGGAGAAACCAUUUGCUGCCAAGGACGAGGUCUUGCUGUGUACCGAGUGCUACUCUGAUGAGUACUCGUCCAAGUGUUUCCACUGCCAGAAGACCAUUAUGCCUGGUUCACGUAAAAUGGAAUUUAAGGGAUGCUCCUGGCAUGAAUCCUGUUUCAUUUGCCAGUAUUGCCGGCAACCAUUGGGAACAAAACCAUUAAUCACCAAAGACAAUGAGAAUUACUGUGUGCCCUGUUUUGAGAAGCAAUUUGCUCAUCGUUGUUAUGCUUGCAAAAAGGUUAUAACUUCUGGAGGAGUGACCUACGAUGACCAGCCUUGGCACAAAGAAUGCUUUGUAUGUGCUAUGUGUAAAACUCAGCUGUCUGGCCAAAGAUUUAUUUCCAAAGAUGAGUACCCAUACUGUGUAGACUGUUUCAGCAAAUUUUGUGCCAAGAAGUGUGCUGCUUGCAAGAAACCUAUUACAGCUCUUGGAGGUGCCAAAUACAUAUCAUUUGAGCAGCAUCAGUGGCACGGGGAAUGCUUUACCUGCACAAAAUGCUCUGUCUCCCUGGUGGGCCAGGAAUUCCUCACUCAGCAGGAUGACAUCCUUUGCCACAAAUGUGGCUCUGCUUCAUAG